GUUUAUUAAUGUUCGAAAAAGCCGCUUUCUCUCUCUAACUUCUCUCUCUAAGAAUGUCCCGAUUACUGACAAAAACCCUAAUCCCCCACGGGAGAUUGUUUCUCCGUCGUUUCAACGAGCCGGCGAUCGCGGCGCCAAACGUCGUCUGUUUCAGCCGCCGGCCGUUUUCUUCUAAGCCUCAGCUCAUCGAGAUUGACCUCGAUUCAUCCUCAUCGGCGACUUCUAAAGCCGAAGCCGAAGCCGCGAUUCUCAAGAAGCUGAACGAAUUCGUUAGGAGGAUCAUCGUUCAGAAUUCGACUCCAGAUUGGCUCCCUUUCGCACCUGGCUCCUCCUUCUGGGUCCCGCCGCAUCAGAACACGGCCGCGAAGAUCGCUAAUUUGGUCGACAAGGUUACGAAUCCGUUGACGGAGGAGGAAUCUCUCUCUCUAUAUUCUCCUAAUGGCUGCCCUUGUUCCUCUUUUUUCAUUCCUCCAGAUCACGAUUCUUCAUCUACAAAAGAGGUAGAAGUUAGCAUGGAGUUGAACAUUCCGGGGAAUGAGAUGCUGGAAGUCAAGCUAGCGCAUUUUCCAGAUCCAAUUUACUCAUUUAAACAUGGAGACUCAGACGAUGAAGAGUGAAGCAUUCCCAGCUCGCGGGCAGUUAGAAGCAUCGCAUCUACCUUAAAAAAGAAAUCAAACCCAUUCCUGAUGCGUUGUUUGCAUAUGCUGAUAAUGACUGAAAUUGAGGCAGUUGUAUAUACGGUUGCAAACCAUGGGAAGCUAUAUUAUAUGAUCUUUGGCUGACUUAAACGUCUUUGUUGACUAUAUAUUUUUAUAAAGUUUGAAUUAGCUUGGUGGCUUCUUCCACU